GUGGCUCGCAACAGAGAGAAACAAUGCGGGGAAUGAAGGGAGAAAUAGAAGCAGUUUCCAUCCCAUUCCUCUCCCGGUUUUCCUUCCGAGAUCCUCCGUCUCCGGCGCAAACAUGAGCGUGAUCGACAUUCUCUUCCGAGUCGACGAGGUCUGCCGGAAGUACGAGAAGUACGACGUCGAGAAGCAGCGCUCCGCCGACGCGUCCCCCGACGAUGCCUUCGCUCGCCUAUACGCCUCCUUCGAUUCCCAAAUUGACCUUGCUCUCCAGAAAGCGGAGAUGGCGGGUAGGGAGACCAACAGGGCUGCGGCGGUGGCCAUGAAGGCGGAGGUGCGACGAUUGAAGGCUCGUUUGUUGGAAGAAGUCCCCAAGCUGCAGAAACUCGCUCUUAAAAAGGUUAAAGGUGUCUCGCGAGAUGAAUUAGCUAUACGUAAUGACCUUGUACUUGCACUACCCGAAAGAAUCCUUGCUAUACCUGAUGGAACUAUUACAACUGCUGCAGUCAAGUCUGGGGUUUGGGGCGCUUCAACGUCUUUUAAGAACAUAAAAAUUGACUCGGAUGGGCACCUCAAUGAUGACUUCUUCCAGCAGUCUGAAGAAUCCAGCCAGUUCAGGAAUGAGUAUGAGAUGAGGAAAAGGAAACAGGAUCAAGGACUGGAUGUUAUUUCAGAAGGUCUGGACACGCUGAAGAAUCUGGCUCGUGAUAUGAACGAGGAAUUGGAUAGACAAGUUCCACUGGUUGAUGAAAUUGAAACAAAGGUGGACAAGGCAUCAUCUGACUUAAAGAACACCAAUGUUAGACUCAAGGAGACUAUUACUAAGGUUAGGUCCACCCAAAACUUCUGUAUUGAUAUCAUUCUUCUGUGUAUCAUUUUGGGGAUUGCAGCCUAUCUAUACAACAUACUGCAGUGAUUUAUAUUGGAGCUUCAUUUGACCCUUAUUUGGUUUCUGUCAUGGAUGGGCAAGGACCUCUGUGAUUCAGCAACUAUCACUUCCUUCUAGUGAAAUUAUUGAGUUGAGAAUAUGAAUAAUAAUUACUGGCCUUUUCUUGUUUCAAUUUUUGUUUUAUAUUUGUGAUAGUAACAACUGUAAAAGCAUUUACAUCUGUCAAGGUAUAAAGUGCUGUGUUUGCA